GCAGGAUGUAGAAUCCGUCAGACACACAGACCGUUUCUUCAGAGUCUUGCGGUCCCACAGAGUGGUUAAUUCUGCUGCUUUCAGUCGCGUUUUUUCGCUCUGCUCGGUGCGGGAGUCUGCCGAUCGACCGAGGUGGAGAAGAGAGGUGUUGCUCGCUGCCUCAGCUCGCUGGAUGGAUCCGAGCUCAUCCUUUCUCACUUACAACUGAGGACUCGGUUUGGAAGAGUUGGGAUUUUGUUCCCUUCUCCACUCCAUCUCCUUUUCUAUGCCAGAUUAUUUUCAGGACAGUUAAGUCUGAAGGUGUGGAAGACUUUGCUUCACAAUGGCAACAGGAGUAGCAGCGUGGCUCCCCUUUGCCAGGGCUGCAGCAAUUGGCUGGAUGCCUGUGGCCAACUGCCCCAUGCCUAUCGCGCCAAGAGACAACAGCAAGAAACAAGAUGAACUUAUCAUCCUCAAUGUCAGCGGCCGUCGUUUUCAGACCUGGAGAACAACAUUGGACCGCUACCCAGACACCCUACUGGGCAGUUCUGAGAAAGAUUUCUUUUACAACGAGGAAACCAAGGAGUACUUUUUCGACCGGGACCCUGACGCCUUCAGAAGCAUUCUCAACUUUUACCGAACGGGAAAGCUCCAUUAUCCUCGUCACGAGUGCAUCUCGGCCUAUGAUGAGGAGCUGACUUUCUUUGGCAUCAUACCUGAGAUCAUCGGUGACUGCUGCUAUGAAGAAUACAAGGACAGAAAGAGGGAGAACUUAGAGCGGCUGCAGGAUGAUCAGGAAGAGAAUAUGGACCUGAAGAUGCCCAACAUGAACUUCAGAGAGACCAUGUGGCGCGCCUUUGAAAACCCCCACACCUCCACCAUGGCCCUGGUCUUUUACUAUGUCACAGGGUUCUUCAUUGCUGUCUCGGUCAUCACGAAUGUGGUGGAGACCGUGCCCUGUGGUGCUACUGCCAAUCAGAAAGACAUGCCAUGUGGCGAACGCUACACUGUUGCGUUCUUCUGCAUGGACACCGCCUGUGUUAUGAUUUUCACCGUGGAGUAUCUGUUGCGCUUGUUUGCCGCACCUAGUCGUUACCGCUUCAUGCGCUCUGUGAUGAGCAUCAUCGACGUAGUGGCUAUCUUGCCAUAUUAUAUUGGUCUAGUGAUGACCAACAACGAGGAUGUCAGCGGCGCCUUCGUGACACUGCGCGUGUUUCGAGUGUUUCGUAUCUUCAAGUUCUCCCGCCACUCGCAAGGCCUGCGGAUCCUGGGUUAUACACUCAAGAGCUGCGCUUCGGAGCUGGGCUUCCUCCUCUUCUCACUCACCAUGGCCAUCAUCAUCUUUGCCACGGUCAUGUUCUAUGCAGAGAAGGGCUCCAGCUCCAGCAAGUUCACCAGCAUCCCAGCUUCAUUCUGGUACACUAUUGUCACCAUGACGACGCUGGGGUAUGGGGACAUGGUGCCAAAGACAAUUGCUGGAAAGAUCUUUGGCUCCAUCUGCUCCCUGAGUGGCGUCCUGGUGAUCGCUUUGCCCGUCCCUGUCAUUGUCUCCAACUUCAGCCGCAUCUACCACCAGAACCAGAGAGCAGAUAAACGGCGUGCUCAGAAGAAAGCCAGACUGGCUAGGAUAAGAAUAGCCAAGUCCGGCAGCGCCAACGCCUUCCUUCAGAGCAAACGCAACGGACUUCUCAAUGAACUGCUGGAGCUGACGGGUACAGAAGAGGAUGAGCAGAAGCUGACCCAGAAGUCAAUCUCUCUGUUAGAGAGCCAACACCACCACCUACUGCACUGUCUGGAGAAAACAACAUUUAGCUAUGGUAACCUGUGCAGACCUGUGCAACAAGACACAGAAGACACUGGUUCGUACUACAGUUUGAGGACAGGACAGGAUUUAGAUCAUCAUGUAAAGGCUCAUGAGUUUGUGGACGAGCAGAUAUACGAGCAGAACUGUUUGGAAACGGCUCUGCAGACCUAUCCCUCACGCAGUCCCUCUGUAUCCAGCCAUGACAGCUCCACACGUACCUGUUGUAGUCGAAAGAGAAAGAGAAAUGUUCCUCUGCCUAACACCAGCCUGCCCACCACCCAUUCAACACACCAGGGCCCGCUGCAGGAGCUCAGUGCCAUCCACAUACAGUGUGGUGACCCACUGUCGCACACCGCCAGCCGCUCCAACCUCAACCUUAAAACUGACGAGAGCAGCAGGAUCAACUGCAAAAGUGGCCGUAUCACCACAGCCAUCAUCAGCCUCCCAACACCCCCUGCUUUAACCCCUGAUGGAGAUGGGCUCCACGGGCCCCCACAGCGGAGGCCGCCCCAACCUCCAAGUCACCCACCACCCUUGAGCAUUCAGACCACAACAAGCUCAGCUGGCGCCAACAUCGUCAAAGUCUCGGCUCUGUGACUGUGUGGCUGACAGAUGUAACUCACCCCAACAGGGGGAAGAAAAGAAGAGGAGGAGGAAGCAGGUAACACUACAUUCAUGGACGUACCGUGUUCCCUAAUACAGGGUCAGUGAGAAGAGAGGUGUACUCCAGAGGACUCACCAGUUAUGGAGACAUUAUUGAGGUAGAGGACUGUAGAUAUGUGACCUGAGAAUCACGCUCGUGUCAUGUCGUGUAUGUACUGUAGAUACGAUGAGAGCUGCUGCAUUUCUAAACGUUUCCUACAGCAGUGGAGAUGGUUUACAGCAGGUACUGUGGAAAAUAACUGACGAUAUUGUGCAACUGGCAGAAACAUCAGCAAACCCUGUUGACCAUCACAA